CUUUGAAAACCAGUCUCACAUGGCAUCUUCUGGGAGAGCACACUGAAGACAGGCUCGCCAUCAUUUUUCAGUCAUUGAGCUUCUUUGCUGUGACUGUUUGUGGCUCUUACCUACAACCUCAGUCUGUUUUUAUGCGACCACAGUGAGAGUCUAAAUACAUCUGUCUUGUUUGCUGUGUCUCUUUCGCACAUCUGCCAACAUGUGCCUUCGAGCAGCUGCCCUGCUGCUUUUUCUGCUAGAUUCCAUCUCCUGUGUUCAGUUUCUGGCACCUUUCAACAUGGGAGGAGUCACAGGGCAGGUGCAGUUUGACUCAGUAAACCAGACUGCCACCGUCAAUGUGUCUGGCGCCGGUUCCUGUGCUUCAGUUAACUUUUCCCUCAGAGUGUUCCCUGUCAUGUAUGGCCACUUUGCUCAACCCUGUUCUGAAGCAAAUAUUGGCUCCAGCAUUUUCAACUUCACAGCUGACCCCUCCUCAAACUCCACCAUCAAUGUGUCACGCCUCUUCGAAAACAGAACAAACUUGGAUGACUUCUCGCUGUCUUUGCAGACGUGCAAUGGCACUACCGUGUGCGCGGUUGUAAGUCAAGGUCAAACGCUCUUGACUCGUCAGGCCAGGUUCACCAGGCCUAUCGCGGGUAAUAUUUAUAUUCGUGUAAACGGAGAAAACGCCAACCCCAGACUCCUUGCAGACCUAAUGAUAAUCGGUCAGGUCAAUGCCUCACAAACUAAUAUCACUCUCCAUGCAUCUACAAGUAGUGCUGCAAGCUGUGACGCUCUACUCGGAAGCUUAGAUACUUCAGCUUUGACCAAUCUGGGAGUUGUAAAUGUUGGAACCCCUUUGCAACUUCAGAAAUCACGUCUGGACCUCAGAAGCUUCAACACCAUGUAUAGCUUUCUUCUCCUCCGCAUGGGGUCAAGUUACAAGUGUGCUCAGAUAUACACUGUGAGAGAGAAACAGGUGAGCGCCAUCUUGAAUAUGAGAGGGAUCAGGGGAUACGUGAGCUUUCGUCAGGCUUCCCCAUUUGAUGUGACGGAGUUGAGAGUGAACCUAACCAACCUACAGAGCAGAGUUGGCCCCUACCAUGUCCACAAAUUCCCUGUCCCUUUAGUCGGAACAAAUUCAUCAAGCCUAUGUUCAAACGACAACGUGGGUGGGCACUGGAAUCCAUUUGGUCUCAACACAAGUGACCCAACAUAUCCAGCAGGACCUGGGUCAACACAUGACAGAUACGAGGUGGGGGACCUCAGUGCCAAGCAUAUGUCCUUAGCAGGUCUAAAUGCAUCUGAAAUGGUGUUCACAGACUUCAGCCUCCCUCUGUUUGGACAGAACAGCAUCGUUGGUCGCUCAGUUGUGAUUCACCUAACCGAUGGUGCCAGGUAUGUUUGCGCCAGCAUUGGCUAUCCCGGUGAAGUGACAGUCGGCAGAGCCAUAUUUCGGAGCCCUGUGGUUGGUCAGAUAUGGUUCACUCAGCUGGUGAGCAACCCUCUGUCUGAUGUAUCCAUCUUUAUGAAUCUCGCCUAUGGAAACCCCACAAUGACGCCAACCAGAAACCACAAUUGGCAUGUUCACGUCUAUCCCAUUAGCUCAGAGAGAGAUGAUGAUGAAAACCGCUGCAGCUCAACAGGAGGUCACUGGAACCCCUUUAACGUCAGCACAGAAGACGACAGCUAUGCCCUCCACUGUGGCCCAUCUGCUCCCUUGUCCUGUGAAGUGGGAGACCUCACCGGCAAACACAGACCCAUUGAUCUUGGCAACAACACAAGAGGAGUGGAAGCAAAAUACUUCUUCACUGAUGUCUCUUCUUGGGUCCCUGAGUCAGGCAUCAUUGGUCGUUCUGUGGUCAUCCAUCAGGCAAAUAGAGGAGGGCCAAGGAUUGCUUGUGCCAAUGUUACAAUGGUGCGAGUCCCCAAAGCUAGAUUGGGCAGCUGGCUUGGCCCAGAAAUGUCCGACGGCCAGAUUUACUUCUCUCAGGCCGUCCCACAAGGCCCCACGACCAUAAACGUAUCCCUGACGAACCUGCGUUCCAUAGCUGGAGGCUACCAUGUUCACAUAUUGCCCCUCAGACCUGGCAGUGUAGAGCCCUGCUCAGAUGCAAACAUCCAGGGCCACUACAACCCACUGAGAUGGAACAUAUCAAACUCCCCUGCACCUGGAAACGGCACUGUGGACCAAUAUGAGAUUGGAGACAUUAGUGGGAAGUUUAGGUUGCUGACUAACCAGAACAACUUUGAGGCUAAUUACAUGGACCCUACCAUGCCACUGACUGGACAGUACAGCAUAAUGGGAAGGUCAAUAGUCGUUCACUACGCUAACGGAUCAAGAAUGAGGUGUGCAAACAUCACAGCUGAAAGAAAUGCAGACGGACAAUUCAUUAUGGCCAGGGCUGUUUUCAACGGCACAGUGAAUGGAACAGUCACACUGUACCAACAGACGUAUCCUGAUGGAAGCAGCACUGAUACUACAGUGGAGGUGGACCUUCGAUUAUCUGCACGUAACAAUGUAACUGAGGCCUCCUUGUUCAUCACAAACAACCGUACAGGGAGCAACACCCGCCAGUGUAACAGUGUGGGACGCACAUUCAAUCCUUUCAACAUCACUUUAAUGAGCUCCAGCUGCUCGGCAAACAGUCCGCUGAGCUGUGGGGUGGGGGAGAUAUCUCUAAGACAUGGCAAUGUCAGUCUGACUGAGAGACAGGUCUACACUGACAGCAACAUUCAGCUCUCUGGAGACUACACGGCGGUCUUCAGAUCUCUGCUGCUGAAGAACGGAGACAGCAUUAUCGGUUGUGCUGAUAUCCUCCCAGAAUCCCCAUCAGCAGACCAGACCUUUCCCCGUAUGGCUAACUUCACCCGCUCUGACUUCCGCAGGAGGGUUGCAGAUGUCCUGCAGGUGGAAAUAGCCAGAGUCACCAUCUUGCCUGGUUCCCCGCAGCUUGUGGAAGGAAGAACCUGCCAAACAGUCAACUUCAUGGUGUCAGGAAACGUCAGCACAGAACUGUUGGCGUCAGUCAAAACCAGCGAGCUGAUGGGAGUCUUCAGAGAGUCUGAUUCAUGUACAAGAAAUGCAGGUCUGCCUCUGGUGCCAGGAAGUUUUCUUCUCAGCUUGAUGUUUGCUGCCGCCUGCCUGCUGCCAUCUACAACUUAUUUAUAGCCUUUGUCACUGGGCAUGCGUGAAUCGACAUACUGUAAAUAUGUCAAUGGCACAAUACCCAUCAAACAAAUAAUUGUCUCUUUAUACAACUUCAGUCAAUGAAGCACUUUCCAUGUCCCGUAAAGGUAACACAUGCUGUUAACUGUUCAGUGAAGAUUUUAUCAAAAACGCUUAUUCAACAGAUUUUGCUCAGUUUUAUUCAUUUGAGCUGUUAAAUGAGAUGGUUCAGUUAAUGCUGUGUGUUUUCAGACUUCCAUACAUUAUCCAUAUAUCCAUGUGAAAUCUUUUGUAAGUAUCUGGGGAAUUUGUUGAUAAAACACAAUGUUUCUGUCUUUUGUCAAUAUUCUGUUUGGUUUUGGUCCUUGCUUUUAAUCCAUGAACAUAUCACCACUUAACUGUAUGUAGACAGUCUGUGGCAGGAUAAUAAUGCUGUCCUGCACUGUAAGAAAAUAUGAUAAUCCCUCUUACAAGUCACCUCCUCUCAGUAAGGCUUUGUAAGUUCUACAGAUCAGGUUUAAGCCCUGAGGGUGAAGACAUUAUGAGCUAUCAUGUUACCCAAAAAUCUCUAAAUGGUUUUCUUCCAGGGUACUUGUUUCGUCUCUUUAGGUCUUCAGUGAUUGCUUUUUUAAAUGUUUUUUCAGGUGUGGAAAAAGGGUUGCAGAACAUGUAAAUAAAAUUCUAUUUAAGAGCGUGAA